UUAGAGACCAGAGGAACAGAAACGGAGCAGUGUGGGGCUCCGGAGAGUCGGGGGACCAUUGGAGCAGCAGAAGGGACAAAAGCUGUAGUUCUGUCAGAUUCUCCUCUGAUCCGGAUGGUUCUACCCCCAGGAGUCAGUUUGGACGUCUGUGCUUUUGAACUUGUGGAAUUAAAACAACAGGAGUCAGAGAACAGCUCUGGGAUCAGCUCUAGAUUUCUCUUCAUGCUCUGUACCCAAACAGGAGGCCCUCAGUGAUCAGGGCCUUAUUGUGUGUGUUUUAUUGUUGGACCAUGGUGGAGGAGAUGGAGGGGCAGGACAAAACUAAACCUGGUCCAGAUUACCUGAUGCAGCUGAUGAAUGACAAGAAGCUCAUGAACAGUCUGCCAAAUAUCUGUGGGAUCUUUCAGCACCUGGAGAGACUCCUGGACGAGGAGAUCAGCCGUGUGAGGAAAGACAUGUACAUCGACACUCUGAGCGUUUCUGGGAAGAUUAACAAUCUACCAGAGGCCGUGGGUCCAAACGUUCACCUGCAGGAGAAACUGUACGUCCCCACGAAGGAGCAUCCUGAUUUUAACUUUGUAGGGAGGAUUCUGGGUCCUCGGGGUCUGACUGCAAAGCAGCUUGAGACGGACACAGGAUGUAAGAUCAUGGUGAGAGGGAGGGGCUCCAUGAGAGACAGGAAGAAGGAAGAGCAGAAUCGAGGGAAGCCGAACUGGGAGCAUCUGAAUGAGGACCUUCAUGUCCUCAUCACAGUGGAUGAUGCACAGAAUCGUGCUGAAGUCAAACUCAAACGAGGCGUGGAGGAGGUCAACAAGCUGCUGGUUCCUGCUGCAGAAGGGGAGGACAGCCUUAAGAAGAUACAACUGAUGGAGUUAGCCAUCCUGAAUGGGACGUACAGAGACGCCAACAUCAAACCCUCCUCCCUCGCCCUCUGUCUUGCAGCAUCUCCUCAGACUCCUCGUAUGCUCUCUGGUCCUACCUCUGUCAUGGCUCCAUCCACUGGCCUGCGUGCCCCCGCCCCCACAGGCCCUACUCUGAUGCCCCUGAUUCGUCAGAUCCAGACUAUCCUGCCCAAUGGGACGCCUUACCCAGCUGCUCUGAUGCCUGGGGCGGGGCCUGAGUCUGGCUGGAUCUACACAACACCUUAUGACCACCAGUAUGCCUUGGCUGCACCGGCUACCAUCUUGGAGUACCCCCUGGACUCAGGUGGUGUUUUGGUGAAGUCGUCCCAUCCCUGCUCCUGUGACUGCUCCCCUCAGCCACAUCACCACCCCCACAGUCAGUGGAGCCCAGCCCCCACACUGCUCCUCAGACAUGCCUCCUGAGAGAUGCUAAGUGCUCUGCCAUGUUACUCCCACGCACCUUGUUCACAGCCAGGACCAGAGGUGAAGCCCCCUGCUGGACAGAGUGAUGACCAUAAUGACUGUUAUAAAUGUAAAGAGUUUAUCCUUUAAUUUAUUGUUGGUACAUUUAUGGGAAUGAUUAUGACUCCCGCUGUUCCCCAGUAGACGAAUCCUAUGGCUGGUUUGUGGGGACAGCCAUAUAAGCCCCCAUAACUGUGGUGUAUGCUGCUGCCUGCUGACUGUGACAGCAGUGAAGAUAGUUGUAGAUAAAAAAAUCAGACAGCAGCUGAUAAAGAUACCUUAAUCAGAUUAAUCAGAUUAUCUUACCUGUAGUUAGAUUUAAAUAUUCAACAUAAUAUAUUUAGAGUAUAUUUAAUAUUGUCCCAGAAUUAAAAGGAAAGCUUAACUUUCAGACUCAUAUCUAUGAUGAAGUGCUGUGUAAAAUAAGGUAAUUCUACUCACUAGUUAGCCUAAUAAAAUAAGAGCAUUUAAUUAUUACAGACAAGCAAUGGAAAAUACAUUCAUAACAUUUUCUUAGCAAAGACUUUUUUUUGCAUGUGAUGAAUAUAUUUAGCUCUGGCUUGAUAAUGCCUGCUACUUUAGCCUAGCACACACUAAAAGAAACUUAAUUUUGUAACCAACUGUUUUGAAGUGAUAGUGCCAACACGUGUAUGAUGACAGAUUUAACAGUUUUCCUCUUGAAGUGUGCGGUCCACAUCGAGAUGACCAACACGGCACACCAUAAACUAACAACCAGUCUACCCUCUCAAACCUUAAAUCUCACAUGGUCUUUAGAACAAACAAGCUAACUGAGGCUACAUCUCAGGUUCCUGAUACAUCCUUUGUAAAAGCAGUUUUGAUUAAGCUCCAUUUGAUUAAGCCCAUCUUGAUGCUUGAUGCUUCCUGUUUACUAUUUGUCGCCAUAGUGUUUCUGUUGUGCUUCCUUCAUCCUGUUUUCUUACCAUUCAAUUCCAGGUAACAAUCCUGCUCAGUGUUUUUGGUGUUCCCACUACGCUACAGAAUUUAUGAUCAGAAAUAUAAAACAUGUUUAAUGUCUAUGAUCUCAGAUCAGAGUGGCUCCAACCGUCUUCUGGGCAGAUCCCUCUCAACGUACUGCACAUAAGGCAAAAUUGUAAUGAUAUUUUUAGAACCUUCCGAUAAUCAGGCUUUUGUUGACUUUGGUCAGGAAGGUGAAAUCAGGCUGAAAACUGGCUAAAUUAUCUUGUAGUGUGCAACAUACAUCAUGAGCAAAGCAGAGCGGGGUAGUGCUCCUCACUCCCACAGGAGAUGGACCAGUGGAACUGGAAAGAUUGACUGCAGACUGGAGAUUUUCUCUGGAUUGUGCUUUUAGUGCAGACGGCUGCACUGACAGAGUAGGUGGAAUUCUGAGGUUACUUUGCAAUUCUACAGCAGGCGCUCUGGUCUGUCUCAAACACGUGCCAGAAGUACCGCUCCUUGCUGCUCUGCUCAAGAUAGUAGGCCACUGUUCAUCUGAGGCUGAUACCCAAACAUGUCAGUCCUGUUAGAGCAAAUCGACUCAAACUGGAAACAGAAACUAUAACGUACAGAGCAUCCAGUUAGUUUCCAAAUACAUCACAAUGUGCAGACUGCCAACUAUAAAUCUCAUCACAUUCACAUAGAAUAUUACAUCCAAAUUACAUCCAAUUAUUUGGCACAGGCCAAAAGUCAUCAGUUGGUCAGAGGGCCUCAGAGGGAAGAAAAAAAAAACUUUUUUUGGCUGAAAACCACAGAAUUGUCUAUGAAACUUCACAUCCAGUCUAGGAAACACAAACCUUUUAACUUCCUAACUACUCACCCGUGGUAGCUCACACAGCGAAGGAUGAGUACGUCAGAUUUGAUGGUUAGGGGGCACAAUGAGAUGGAGCCUAACUGUUCCUACUCCUACGCCUCUUCAUUCACUUCCCAUUCUUGCAUCAUCAUCAUCAUCAUCAUCAUCAUCAUUACAGUAUGGCCGCACUGAAUCCGUCCAAGCAGAGAUCUGGCAGAGCGUUGCCUCUGUUGCUGCGAUGUUUUUGGAAUUAAAGAGUCUUUUCUUUAAAAACUGAACUCCUUAAGGCAGGGGUGUCGAACUCAGUCACAGCAGGGGCUGGAUUCUGGAUUCAGGUCUAACCUGAGGGCCUAACAGGGUCAGGGUUUAACCAUAAUGUGAAACUCAGCCCUUUUGAUAAAUGAUUUUGAGAUUAAAACAUUCAACUGUAUGAGUUUAAAGGUUCAAAACAUGAAAUUGAAAGUCAAAAUAAUGUUUUUAGAAGGUAAAUAUAUGAGAUAGAAAGUUGAUAACACGAUUUUAAUGGUCAAAAUAUGAGAUAAAUAUCAGUCAUAAAUUUGAAGGAUCAAAAUGUUACUUAAAAUUUAAAUCAGGUGUUUACACGAUCAUAGUAUGAGAUGAAUACCAAAAUCAUGAGUUUAAAAGGUCAGAUAUCAGAUAAAUUCAAAAUCACAAGUUUGAAAUGUCAAAAUGUA